UCAGGAGCAGCGAGGCAGUGAGCAUGCUGGCUCUGAAAUCCACGCGAGUAUUCAAACGCUUUCCCUCCUUUCUUCCUUUCACUUCUCUCUCAACAUCUCCCAACUAUCUCAACGACCAACUCUCUCUCUUCCUCUCCGCCAAAACCUCCACUCUCCAAUCUCUCCUCAAAUCCCACGCUCUCAUAAUCACUUCUGGAAAUUCAAACAACAUCUUCAUUGCGUCAAAACUCAUUUCUCUUUACGCCUCUCUUAACAGACCCACAAAUUCGACCCUAGUAUUCUACUCGAUUCAUCCAAAGGAUACCUUUCUUUGGAACUCCGUAAUCAAAGCCCACUUCUCCAAUGGCGAUUUCCAGGAAGCCCUUUAUUUGUUUCUCCGAAUGCGAGCCUCGGGUUUUGUCCCCAACCAGUUUACUCUUCCCAUGGUUGUUGGGUCUUGCGCCGAUCUUAUGUUGCUAGAUUGUGGGAAGAGCUUUCAUGGGUUGGUCUUGAAACUGGGGCUUCUUUCGGGGGACAAUGUUGCCGGGUCUUCCUUUGUGUAUAUGUAUUGCAAGUGUGGCCAAAUGGGGGAUGCAUAUAAGGUGUUUGAUGAAAUUACUGUAAGAGAUGUAGUUUCGUGGACUGCGCUUGUUAUUGGGUAUGUGCAGAAUGGCGAGAGUGAGAAGGGAUUGGAGUGUCUUUGUGAGAUGCAUAGGAGCGGUGGUGAAAGUGAGAGGCCGAAUUUUAGAACGUUGGAAGGUGGUUUUCAGGCUUGUGGGAAUAUGGGUGCUUUGGCUGAAGGUAGAUGCUUGCACGGUUUAGUGGUGAAAACUGGACUUGGGUCUUCUGAAGCAGUUAAGUCUUCGAUUUUGUCAAUGUAUUCGAAGUGUGGCACUCCUGUAGAAGCUCGUUUUUCUUUUUGUGAAGUGACGAAUAAAGAUCUCUUGUCGUGGAUGUCUGUUAUUGGUGUUUACACCAGAUUUGGGCUAAUGAAUGAGUGCUUAAAUUUAUUUCAGGAGAUGCAGAUUGGUGGGUUAUUUCCUGAUGAGAUUGUUAUUAGUUGCAUGCUUUGGGGUUUUGGUAAUUCUAUGUUCGUAAAACCAGGAAAGGCCUUUCAUGCAUUGAUCAUAAGGCGGGAUUAUUUACUAGGGGAGAUGGUUCAUAACUCAUUAUUAUUUAUGUAUUCCAAAUUUGGAUUAUUGAAUAUUGCAGAAAAACUCUUUAGUAAAAUGCGGCAGUGGACAAAAGAGUCCUGUAGCACUAUGAUUUCUGGUUAUAGUAAGAUAGGACAUUCUGCAAAGUGCAUAGAAUUAUUUCGGGAAAUGCAUCUCCUCGGUGUUGAAGUUAAUUCAGACAGCUUGGUCUCUGUGAUUUCUUCAUGUUGCCAAUUGGGAGCAACACGUCUUGGGAGGUCACUUCAUUGCUAUGUAAUUAAGAAUUUUAUAGACAAUAAUGUCUCGGUUGCCAAUUCACUCAUAGACAUGUAUGGAAAGAGGGGUGAACUGACAUUAGCGUGGAGAAUGUUUUGCAGGGCACAAAAAGAUGUUGUCACGUGGAACACAAUAAUCUCAUGUUAUAUUCACUGUGGACAAUUUGAGGAAGCAAUAGCUCUAUUUGAUAAAAUGAUUUCAGAAAACUUGUACCCUAAUUCAGCAACGCUGGCAAUGGUGCUUUCUACAUGUUCUCAUCUUGCUUCUCUUGAUAAGGGCGAGAAGGUUCACCAUCACAUCAAAGAAAGAGGACUUGAGAUCAAUUUAUCGCUUGGGACCGCAUUGGUUGAUAUGUAUGCGAAAUGUGGACAACUCGAGCAAUCACGGGGGUUGUUCAACUCAAUGACGGAGAAGGAUGUUAUUUCCUGGAAUGUUAUGAUCUCGGGUUAUGGAAUGCAUGGAGAUGCAGAAUCUGCAAUACAAAUUUUCCAAGAUAUGGAAAAUUCAGAUGUAAUUCCAAAUGAAUUGACUUUCCUUGCUCUUCUCUUGGCUUGUAAUCAUUCAGGGCUUGUUGAAGAAGGGCAGAAUCUGUUUCAUAAAAUGCAAGAUUACUCUAUGAAACCUAAUUUGAAGCACUAUGCUUGUAUGGUAGAUCUUCUUGGUAGGUCAGGAAAUCUGCAAGAAGCUGAAGCUUUGGUUCUAUCAAUGCCCGUCUCUCCCGAUGGCGGAGUAUGGGGAUCUUUGUUAAGUGCCUGCAUUAAACACAAUCAAAAUGAUAUGGGAGUAAGAGUUGCCAGACGUGCUAUUGAAUCUGAUCCAGGAAAUGAUGGUUAUUAUGUAAUGCUUUCAAAUAUGUACAGUUCUAGUGGAAGAUGGGAACAAGCUGAAAAUGUCAGAAAAGUGAUGAAGGAAAGGGGUGUGGAUAAGGAAGCUGGUUGGAGUUUGGUAUAAACUCAAGUUUAAGAGUUUUGGGGUUUGUCUAAUAUCUUGUGACAAAAUGAGGGAUUAUGUUUUCAACUGUAUUUUGCUCUGUUCGGAGAAAGUUUUUAUGAGAUGCAUUUUUGAGAGUUAUUUGGUGAUACCUUCUUUGCAACCAAAAAAUAUCUUAAAUCCUCCCCGGGGCAAUUAGGACGUACAUCUUUUUCCCGGUCAGCCAAAAGUUUAGAUUAGCAUGUGGUUUUUAUACCUAGUACAGUUCAAUAAGAAGUAAAAAAUAGAGAAAGCAUUCUGAAGAGAGUUUAAAGUAUGAUUGUGAUGACGGAUUUUCAGACAUUUCCCGUGUUUCCAUUUACCAUUUUCUCUAGCUCUUACAACGUCUUAGACAAGCAGUACCUCAAACAUAAUCUGCGAUCUCGCUCCCUUCUCUAUGAGUUCUCUAUCCCAGAAGAUGCUCCAAUUGCCAAGUUGGCGGUUGGUAUGCUUGUAUCUGUUUUUAUUGUGAAACACGGAUGGAAUGUUGAUAAAGUUUGUAGUAUGUUCCCAUUAAGUGAUCUAAUUGUUAGUAUCCCACUCAGUAGAAGGGAGCAAAAUGAUCCGUUGGUGUGGCAUUUUGAGUCAAAAGGUAGAUAUAAAGUGCGCUCGAAUUAUGAAGUGGCGAUGGACUUCUUUGAGGAACAUUGAAGACAGUCGGUGGAGGGCUAACAUCCCUGGCAAAGUUAAAAUUUUCAUUUGGAGGGCUUUCAAUGAGGCCCUUCCAACUACC